CUCCACUAGAGGCCACUUGGAAUGAAAAGUCACACACAGUGUGAGAAUCAGCUGAAAUGUAGAAGCUCCAAUUACGAAAACAAAUGGAUUCUCCCAAGAUGAAAAAACUCAAACCUAAUGAUUCUACGGAUUCUGUUAGCCGAAAAAUUCUCCCUGAUGUCAUAAAUUGGGAGAGCCCGCAAUUAAUUGCCAUUGAAUAUCAUGUAUGCGGAAAUCAUAUCGAAAUCACCUACAAUACAUUAUACAAUGUUUCGAAAAGCAUAGAAAAACUUGUGAAAAAUUGUUGUAAUUCACAGUUCAUUGGAAUUAAUUCUGAUAUUCCGCCAGUAUGCAUUCCAUCUCUAAUGAUUGGAACUAAUUUGGCAAAUUGUGCUUUCGUCUGUCUUCAAUCAUCGCCCUCAGACUCUACCCUAUUUAACAGUGAAUUGGAAAUUGGAUACAUUUUCGCAAAAAAACUAUUAGAUAACACAGAAUUAAUUGAGGAACUCCACAUUCAUGAUGAAUCCUUAUUAUUUCUCAAAUUCAAAGGAUAUUCACUGAAGAAUCCUGUUGAAAAAGAGAAUGUCUAUACAUAUGCAGUGACCACUUCUGGAUCAACUGGAAAUCCUAAAGUAGUUAGAGUAACUCAUGCCUCAAUAAUUCCGAAUAUUGCGGACCUUAAAAAAAUUCUAGAACUCUCAAGUGAAGACAAAGUCGCCCAGCUGACACCUUUGACCUUUGAUCCAAGUGUGAUUGAAAUAUUCAUAGCAUUGUCAUGCAGUGGAACUCUCUUCAUUUCCUCCGAAGAUAUGAAAAACGAUCCUCAAAAGCUUCUAGAAACAAUAACCACCAGGAGUGUGACGAUUAUGCAAAGUACACCGUCUCUUUUAAUGCAUCGCUGGUCCUUCUCAGAGUUAAGAUCUAAAAUGUUUGGAGAACAGAGUCAUCUAAGAAUCCUUUUACUUGGCGGCGAAAGAUUUCCAAGUCCGCAAAAGCUAUUUGAUUUAAAACAUCCAGCAAAUAAAUGCAGAUUGUUCAAUAUUUAUGGAAUUACUGAAGUUUCCUGUUGGGCAAGCAUCAACGAAAUUCUUCCCCAAUCGGAUCCAAGCGAUCUUGGACAAGUGUUGGGUGAGACAAUAUUUGAAAUUAGAGAUGAAAAUGAUAAAGUGGUUACGCAAGGAGAAGGGCAUCUAUAUGUUGGAAGUAAGAGUAGAAUUUGCUUAUUAAAUAAUGAAAUACUUGAAGAACUGAAAUAUCCAGUAUUCAGAGAUACUGGAGACUUGGUAACAUGUAAUAACUCUGGAAAAAUAUUUCUCAAUGGCAGAAAAAAUCGCCGAGUUAAAAGAUUUGGGCACAGAAUGGAUUUACAAGAGAUGGCAGUACAAUUUGGAAAGCAAAACUCUGUGAUAGUAGCAUCGUAGCAACACCUAUAGUUCAUGAAAGAACAAAUUCUGUACUCUUAGGAACGUUAGAUGGUACCUGUGUGUCUCUGGAUCAAAAUAAAGGAAAUCUUCUGUGGAUGUGUCACUUCAAAGAUCCCAUUUUCUCAGCUCCAGUAAUAUCUUGCAACAAGUCCAUAAUUUUUUGUGAUGUUUCUGGAGUUUUAGCUGCUUUUGAUAUUGAGAAUGGAAAUCAAAUUUGGAAGAUGGACAUUAAAGGGAAUGUAUUUGCUCAUCUUGUCAUACAAAAAAAUCGUGCCACAGCAACGGAGAACUUGGUUUUAGCUAGUAGAAAUCAGAACUUGUAUAUAUUUCGUAUUGAAUCACACACUGAGAGACCUAAAUUGCAGAAGAAAAUUGAAUUUUCAUCCCCGAUUAUCGCAACUCCAUGGAUUGAUGAUAACUUUCUUGCAGUUGCUACAAUAAAAGGUGAACUCAUAAUUAUUAAUUCAGUGAAUAAUCAUAUUUUGACAAAAUAUCAAUUUGAAAAUGAAGUUUAUUCAUCUCCGGUUGUUCAUGAAAAUUUAAUAACGAUUGGAUGCCGUGACAAUAAUUUGUAUAUUCUCUUGUGUAAAUAAAUGUCUUCUUAUGAUUAAAGUGGUGGAACCAUUUUAUUUUUCUAUUUUACAGUCCACGCCCAUUCACAACAAUAACUUUCUAGUAUAUUUGACCAAUGGGCAGUUAGGAACUUUUCUGGCGAUUGUGAGUUUCGGAUUCGCCUCGGACUGUAAACACAAUCGUCGGGAGAGGUCUUUUCGAGUUCUCUCCGAGUGACGAACAAUAUUUUUUAUCAUUCAGUCCGCAAUGACAUAAAAUCACUUUAGUAGUUCACAGUCAUUCCAACCACUUCAUCUGAA